GGAAGCGGCGGCGCCUCGUGGUUCCGGCGGAGCCACUGCGGCCCGUUCCUGUUCCCGUUCUCAUUCCCGUCCUCCUUCCCGGCCCCGACCCCGCCCCGUUCCCGUUCUCGGCCCAAUCUUGGUCCCGUUCCAGCUUCCUUCUCGGAAGCAGCUCCGUUCCCAUUCCUGUUCUCGGUCCCCUUCUUAGUCCCGUUCCCGGCUCCGUUUCCGUUCUCAUUUCCAGCCCCUUUCCCAUUCCCGGCCCCGCUCGCAUUCCCGUUCCUGCUAUGGCGGUCCGCGCCAGCUUCGAGAACAACAAUGAGCUGGGCUGUUUCGCCAAGCUCACCAACGCCUAUUGCCUCGUGGCCAUCGGCGGCUCCGAGAACUUCUACAGCGUGUUCGAGGGGGAGCUCUUCGGGACCAUCCCGGUGGUUCACGCCUCCAUCGCCGGCUGCCGCAUCAUCGGCAGGAUGUGUGUGGGGAACAGACACGGGCUGCUGGUCCCCAGCAGCACGACAGACCAAGAGCUGCAGCACAUCCGCAACAGCCUCCCGGAUUCCGUGCGGAUCCAGCGCGUGGAGGAGCGGCUGUCGGCCCUGGGCAACGUCACCACCUGCAAUGACUACGUGGCUCUGGUCCACCCGGAUCUGGACAGGGAGACAGAAGAGAUCCUGGCAGAUGUGCUGAAGGUGGAGGUGUUCAGACAAACAGUAGCAGACCAGGUGCUGGUUGGAAGUUACUGUGUUUUUAGUAACCAAGGAGGAAUUGUGCACCCCAAAACUUCAAUCGAUGACCAGGAUGAGCUGUCUUCUUUGCUGCAGGUCCCACUCGUGGCGGGGACGGUGAACCGCGGCAGCGAGGUGAUCGCGGCGGGGAUGGUGGUCAACGACUGGUGCGCCUUCUGCGGGCUGGACACCACCAGCACCGAGCUCUCCGUCAUCGAGAGCAUCUUCAGGCUCAACGAGGCUCAGCCGAGCACCAUCGCCACCAACAUGAGGGACUCCCUGAUUGACAGCCUGACAUGAGCAGUGUUGGUUCCUACUUCCCAGAAAGCUCCUAAGGAGUGAAGUGUUGAGCUGCACUUUGGAUCACAGACAUCCAGACCUUCUGAUGAUGUUUCUGCAGGCCUGGCCCAAAGGAGAGGCUACAAAACCAAAUUUUUAUCAUCUUUUGUAAACUGUUACCACAAAAACUGACAAAUAACAUGCAUAAGAUACAAAUAAGGAAUGCUCUCUAUCCCUUUGCUCAGUUCUUCAGCUCUGCUUUCUGGUUCUGUGAUGCCAUCUGAGUCUCUCAAAUUACCCCACAAUAUUUACUCUUGUGGCUCUUGGAUGUCAAUCAGUAGAGAUUAUUUUGCCUUAAGUCUUGCACCAGUGUCCUGCUGCACAGUAGUUUGUUUUGGCACUACAUGUGCUGCCCUCUCUUUCCACACUCCUGCUUGAGUGGUGUUUCUGCUCUAGGUACAUGUAAGACCCCUUUGUUUGUCCAGCACCAAAAAUACAGUAGUUUACUUGCCACAAAAUAAUUCAAAAAUCAUCACCUGCUCUUUUGCCCUGAUUUGCAGCUGUUUCCAUGGGAUGGUGAUUCUGAAGUGAUCAGCUUGGAUAAAAACUGGAGCUUUUCAGUGUCAGUCCAAGGGCUUUUAACAACAACAGUGUGGGAGUCCUUGGACCAGUGUUUGACCUGGUAUCACCUGUGCUGCUGCUGAGGCACCUGCAGGGGAGGGCUCAAAAGGCACACUUGCCAGUGGGCUUAAUUUGUCUUGCAGGAGUUCAUCUCCUACAAUGAGAAACUCUUAGAAAUCAGCAAAUCCCAAUAGAUUUGAACCACCUUAUCUGGAGUUACCUUGGAGACAAAGGUUAAAUAGCACGGUUCUAUGCAGUCAGUCAAAAGCUAUAGAUUUGGGAGCUUCCCCAUGAAGAGCUCUGCCUGUGCCAGAUGAAAGCAGCUGUAGGUGCUACUUUCAGGCAGAAGAUAGUAAUUUCUUUCUACACAGCUGUUGCUCAGUGAUAUCUCAGUUGCUUUCCUGCUUGCCCAUUAUCGUUUUUUUUUCACUUCUUCUCCCCUUUUGUUGGUUACUGGCAGCAAUUACUCAUUGGGUUAUGGAAUAUUCUGGUGUACUGAAGGCAUAGAAGUGCCUCCAUUUCCCAUCCUGAGGGUAAGAGGAAGCUCUCACUUGUCUCCACACAGUUACCUUGCUCUCAGCUGAGUUCUCUUGGGGAAUGAUGACCUGUGGGCUGUAUGGGCAGAGCUCUUUUCAGCCCAGGUGCUUUGGGCUUUGUAGAAAAUUGAGUAAAUUUCCAUUUUUGUUUUACUGUCUGGAUGUUCAGGGAAUGCUUUGUAAGAUUUGGCUGAUAAAAGGUUACUCCUUCAAAAUAAAGAUUGCCAUGAUCAUCUGUGAUCAGGUAUCAAACCUUUAA